AAAGUCCGUUCUUCCUCCUCUCUGUUGCAAAACUCUUACGUUGACGGGCCUUGAACUACGGAAACAUGUCGCUCACGGUAGUAGCUCUGGUGCUCUUCGUUGCUACAGUCAGUGGAACCCCCACAGGACAGGCAAAGUGUUCUUGGGGUCCGUCUUACUGGUGUCAGAACUACAAGCAAGCUUUGGAGUGUAAUGCAUUGGAACAUUGUCGUGCCAACGUUUGGGCUGUGAAAGAUGAGGAGGCUUGUAAUAUCUGUCAACAAGUUGUACCAAUGAUCAGAGACUUCUUGGCCAAAAACACAACCCAGGCAGAAGUUGUGACCUUGGCAGAGCAAGCUUGUGAAGAUAUUGCUGGACCAUUAGCACCAAUGUGCAAGUCUGUGAUUGAUAAGUAUGAACCAGUGAUUUGGGACAGUGUUUUGGAAUUGAUGGCUGAUCCCAAGCAAGUGUGUACCGCACUGGGUCUUUGUGAUUCCAAGAAGAGCAAGAAAGUUGAUGCCAAGCUUGUCACAAGAGCUUUACCUUUGAAAAAUCACUUGAAAACGAUCCUGGCACCAGUUCUUGUUGCUGCAAAACCCAAAGCCACUGUCAUCAAAUCCAAGCCUUUUAAGACUUCUGCUGAAUGUAUAUUGUGUGAAUUUGUUAUGAAAGAACUUGACAGUAUACUACAGGAGAAUGCCACCCAGCAAGAAAUUGAAGAAGCUUUGGAUGAAGUGUGCAGUUUGCUUCCUGACACAGUCAAGACAGAGUGUGAGCAGUUUGUUGACCAGUAUGCACCUGCCAUCAUUGCUAUUCUUUCUCAAGAACUUGAUCCAUCAGUGGUCUGUACCACCCUUGGACUUUGUGACAGUAACAAGCACAGCAAAGUCAUGGAAAAGACAGUGACUUUUGUUCCAGGAAGCAAUCAAACAUGUCAAAUCUGUGAAGCAGUUAUGACUUACGUGAAGAAUUUGCUUGCUGACAACGCCACCCAGCAAGAGAUUCUUAGUCUUCUUAAAGAAGGGUGCAGCUUGCUGCCAUCUCAGCUCUCUGCCGAGUGUAAUGCCAUUGUCUCUGAGUAUGGUCCGGCCAUUCUGGAUCUGAUUGCUGAAUCUGAUCCUCAUACCCUGUGUGAGCAAAUUGGUCUGUGCACAUCUGCUUUGAAAAAGGAGGAGUUCUGCUUCCUCGGUGCCUCCUACUGGUGUGCUAACAAACGGAAUGCAAUCAAUUGCAACGCCUUAAAACACUGCACUGACCAUGUGUGGAACUGAGUUUUCAACGUGCACGGAAGAGCCUUUUGCUUAUCUAUUUUGUACCAAUGAGUAAUAUAACUUGCUGGUAAUCAAGUAUUCGUUAGUGGUAGUCGCCGGCAUAUACACCUGCGUGAUUUGCUAUGACGUCUGUUGGCGAAAAGCUUGUCACCCGCGUCUUGUACCGAUUUUUUUCUUAAGUUGAAUUUAUUAUGGUAGCACAAACGUGUCGCUGUACAAAGCUAUUGACGUUGGUUUUAUUCGUCUCCUUGGAGUAGGUCAUUUGAAAACAGCACUUGAUACUGCUAUAGGUGCGUGCUGAUUAUAGCUCACAUAUAUCGGUUAUACUUAAUGACACAGAGGUGUUUUUAAACUUAGAUUUCGCCUUAUUUUUCUUAGGUUCACAAAACAUUCUCCUUAUAUUCACAAGUAUCACUUGUAUUUGGUUUUUGUUGUAGUUUGAGCACGUCCAGAAACAAGGCGAUGUAAAGUAACUGCAUGUCAAUUAAAACGGCUGCUUAUGUACCUGGAAUAAAAUAAUAGUUCAAUUGUUAAUUGUGAAA